AUGACGGCCCUUACAACCUCGGUCCAGUCGCCGAAUGUCAACAGCACGGACCCCAAGAUCGCCGAUGAGGUCGGAGUGGUGUUUGCGCACGAGUUUUACACUUUUCUCAACAAAGACCCCACCCGGCUCCACUGCUUCUACAACAAGCACUCGACCAUGAGCCACGGCUACCAGGGCGAGCAGAUCCAAGUCUUUAACGGCCAGCAGGCGAUCAACGAAAAGAUCUUGGAGCUAGACUUUGAGGACUGCAAGGUUCUCGUGAGCAACCUCGACUGCCAGGGAUCAAUCCACGGAGGCAUUGUUGUCCAGGUCCUCGGCGAAAUGUCCAACAGAGGGGGACCCGCUCAAAAGUUUGUCCAAACCUUCUUCCUGGCCGAACAGCCCAAGGGCUACUACGUCCACAACGACAUCUUCCGCUUCCUCAAGGACGACUACGAGGAAGAACAGGACGAUGAGAACGAACAGGAGCAGGAACAGGAAGAAGAUGACGAGGACCUGACCGAGAUGUACGCCGAGAAGGCCGAAGACGACGAUGAUGCGGAGGUUACUCCCCUUCAGCCUGGGUCUGAGGUCGUUGUGAUUGUCCCAGUAGAAGCAAAGGCUGCCGUCACUCUGGAGCGUUCUGCUACUGCCGCUGCCGCACCAGAUGUUACUAUUACUGAGCCAAAGGAGCCCGUUGCUGCCACACCAGCCAAUAAGCCCGAGCCGGUAGAACCCGUCAAGGCCCAGACUGCCUCAGUAGCACCUACACCUGCCGAAGCUGCUCAACUUAUCCAACCCGAGCCUACAUUUGCACCUGUGCAAGCUCCAACUCCAGCUGGUCCUCCUAAGGUCAAGUCAUGGGCAAACCUGGCUGCCAAGAACACAGAUCAACGGGUGCCCCAGGUGGCAACUUCUAAGGCUGCAACCCCUGCUGUCGUACCUGCACCCGUCAAGCCUCAGACUCCAACCCCUACUGUCGCCUCUCACAACCACGGACAGGCUCCAACCCAUGGACAUGGUCAAGGACAAAACCAUGGAGGAUAUGUUCAGCAGGGACAUGGGCAAGGACAAGGGCAGGGACAGGGUAGGAGAUACCCGGAGUACCACUCCAUCUUUAUCAAGAACGUCAAUGACAGGAUCACAGAGGAGCAGCUUCGGGAAGCAUUCACCAAGUUUGGUCGGAUCAAGCAUUUGGACAUGACGCAGAAGAAGAAUUGCGCGUUUAUGGACUUUGCUACCCCCGAAUCGGUUGUUGCUGCCUUGAAGCAGAGGAAUGUCCAAGUUGGCAGUGAGGUUGUUCUGGCUGAGGAGCGUCGUCGUGGCAACCAUGCGUUCAACAGCAACUUUACCAACAAUGGACCUGGAGGACCUGCCAAUGGCCGUCAGGGAUACUAUGGCAACAACAACAGCAAUGUCAAUGGCCAUCAGCAACAGCCUCAGGGUGCCUACAGAGGCGGACGUGGUGGUGGGAACAGCAACGGUGUGCGGGGAGGUGGCCUCCCAGACCGCAAGCCUACCCCCAACAAGCCCCAGGGCGUCAAGUCGUAA